AUGCAACUUACCAGUUCUAACAAAGGCAAGCUUUGUCAAGGGUUUGCUCAUCCAUCGAUGGCUACACCCAAUACAAUGCACAUGACUCACCUUCAUAGUACAAAGGCAGAAGCAUACAUUUAUCAGACGAACGUUGCCGCAUCCUCAACACAUCCUACCAUAAAUCACCACAAUGACUCGAUCACCUUGUUUAGAGAAUACUCUCACGUACAUAAUUCGGUAAUGACUCCUCCUCUCCAUUACAACAACGUCCAUACAAACUCAACUCAAGCCUUCAUGAUUCAAACACACAAACAAAGGGAUCGAGCGAAUAAUACAUGCUUGCCCUCGUUGUCAGCCAUACACUCCUUAUAUAAUAGUCCUCGUGAACAUGUGUUGAGGGUCAUUCAAACUCAAUUCUGUUCUCAAAAAUCGAAACCAACAGCAGAAACCACAACGGAACGUUUUGAACAUUGUCAGAAACUCCCACAGGCCGCACUUCUGCAACCCAAUCCUUGCCUCAAACAACUACACACUUCUGUAAUUUCACAACCCUCUGGUAUUAGAAAGCAAAAUAAGAUGAUCCAAAAUCAUGAUACGACCACCAUUAAACGAUCACCAAAAAUCACAGUUCAGGAGAAUCUAAAUGUAGCCCACACCACGGACAGUUCUGUUGGAGAAAAAAAGAUGGCUAAAGGGUUUAAAUUCUUUGAUUACAACACCAAGACAAAAAAGAGAACGAAAAGAUGUUUACAAGUACAGCCAUAUGAAAACAUCCUUCAAUUACAACACAUAAAUGGCCAAUCUCUUAACCAUGGAGCAAGUUCGAGUGACAGCAGUUCUACUACUGAUUCGAGUCUUUCCUUGUCAUCAUCAACGAUGGAAGGCUCGUCAAUGAACUCUUCGAGCAAUGAAUUUGAAAUACGUGAAAGGGAGACUUGUAACGGAUGUCCUCAUGACGUGGUCGUUAAACGAGUUCCUCGUACCUCAAUUUCAAUAAAAGAAUUGUUGAAUUGA